AUGGCAAAGAAGACUAUUGGCAAUGACUUUCUAGGCCAGUAUGUUCCUAGAAACUAUAAAUCAUACCUGGGUGGAUUAUGUAACAAAGAGUUGGUGCGACAGUUCAGUAAGACCUUCGAGCCCCCUUUCUACUGGAUCAUCUUUGUUGUGGGGGCUUUGGGCAACUUACUUGUUGUCUGCAUCUUCACAACUGUGCGUAACCGCCUCAAGACCAUGACUGAUGUGUACCUGCUCAACCUGGCAGUGGCUGAUCUUCUGUUCCUAGGCACUCUUUUGGGAACUUGCCUGGGGUGGGUUUUCAACCAUGAUGUUUGCAUGGUGGUUUUUGCCUGGCAGUGGCUGAUCUUCUGUGCUUUGGUGUUUGCCCUUUACAUUGCUAUCGUUCAUGUAACCGAAGCACACAACUACAAAAACAAACGAAUGCUGUAUAGAAAGAUAACUUGUGUUUUUGUGUGGCUCGCCUCUUGCUUCUUAGCGCUACCAGAAUUUCUCUUCACUAAAGUGAAAAACAUUGACUCCCAGAGCACUUCCUGUGUCAUGGUGUACUCAAUCACAGACAACAACCGUACCAAAGUCUUGGUGUUAGCUUUACAGAUCUGUGUCGGCUUCCUACUUCCAUUGCUUGUCAUUGUGUUGUGUUACUCAGUCAUUAUUCGUAAACUCAUGCAGGCUUGAAGCUUUGGAAAACACAAGGCUUUAAGGGUCAUCUUUGCAGUUAUGGCUGCUUUUGUCUUACCAUUCAGUGGAUAUCUGAGUAUAGAAGCAGGCCAAGCCAACAAUGCUACAAUAACAAACUGUGAAGUCAUGCAAAGCUUAGACAUGGCUGGGCAAAUUGUGAAGUGUCUUGCCUACACACACUGUUGUCUGAAUCCCAUCCUGUACAUAUUUAUCGGCAUUCGCUUUCAGAAGGAUCUCUUCAGCCUGCUUCAGCACAUGUCCUGUUGCCUGGGACUGGUCAACAAAAGCAAACUGCAACAAGUUCCCAAGAGGCCCUCUGUUAUGUCUGACACUGACACCACCCCUGUUUUUUCUUUAUAGACCAGCCUAGAGCAUUGACAACCUUUU